GGCUUUAGAUAGCAAGAAAAGGAGUACUAAAUAAACUAUACGCGUGUUCAUUUGUUAAUCAAAAGGGAGUAGGGACGUUUCAACUUGCAAAUUGCAAUGCAAUUCAGGAUAAAAUCAAACCUCAUUCACAUGCAAUGGUCUUCUCUUAUAUAUCUUAUCUUAUAGAUGGCCCCAUCCCUCUACACUCUUCACUGUUACUAUAUAUAGCCCACUCUAGCAUAGUUAUAGGCACCUCAGCUCAGCUCAAUUCAAUUCAAUUCUUUCUUCAUUUACUACUACAAAAGAAACACAAAUACACGAAAAGAUCAUGGCAAAGUUGUCCAGAUCAAACGGGAAGAAAAAGAAUGGCAUGAACCUCAAGACAAUGGUACAAAUGUUUCAAAAGAGUUUUUUAGCAGAUCAUCAGAGGUCAUCCCCGAAUCAUUUUGACGAGUUCGAGAAUUCCAAGGAUAAUGUGGCUAAUGAUGUUAAAGAAGGGCAUUUCGCGGUGAUGGCGGUGGACAAUGAUGAGAAGCUCAAGAGGUUCAUUGUUCCUCUGAGUUGUUUAACGCACCCUUCAUUCUUAAGGCUGUUGGAAAAAGCUGCAGAGGAGUAUGGGUUUGAACAUGAAGGGGCACUCAUGCUUCCUUGCAGACCAAUUGAGCUGGAGAGGAUUCUUGCCAAGCAAUAUAUUGGAAAUGCAGAUUGGAGUUCUUGUACAACUCAAGAGCUUUUAUGUUAGUUCAUAUUAAAUAUAGAAGUGAAUAGAUCAGAUUGUCCAAUUUCAUUUGUUUUUUUUUUUUUUAUUAUUAGUUAAUACAAUUCAAUUUUGAUCAGCA